UCUGUUGGAAUUGGAGUUCUAAUGGUUAUAAUACGCUGCUUCUGGAAAAAGUUCACAUUAAUAAAAAUAAUUAAUAUUUGGAAGAAGGAAACUCUAACUCACCCGGAUUUUGAAGCCUUUUUAAGGAAUUAUGGACCUCUUGCUAUUAGAAGAUACAGUUAUGCAGAUAUAAAGACAAUGACCAAGUCCUUUAAUGAUAAAUUAGGCCAAGGGGGCUAUGGUAUUGUCUAUAAGGGGACAUUACAAGAUGGCACUUUUGUAGCAGUGAAGGUUCUGAUCAAAGAAACGAAAGAUAAUGGAGAGGAGUUUGUUAAUGAGGUUGGAAGCAUUAGUAGGACCUCUCAUGUUAACAUUGUCACUCUUAAGGGAUUUUGUGUUGAGGGUUCUAAAAGGGCUCUUAUCUAUGAGCUUAUGCCUAAUGGAUCUCUUGAGAAGUUCAUAUAUAAAGGAAAUCCCUCAAAUUCUAAUCAUCAGUUGGGUUGGGAAACAUUAUAUAAGAUUUCAAUCGGCAUUGCACGAGGCUUAGAGUACUCGCAUAGAGGUUGCAACACACAAAUUUUGCAUUUUGAUAUAAAGCCUCACAACAUUCUAUUGGAUGAGAAUUUUUUUCCAAAGAUUUCUGAUUUUGGCCUCGCAAAAAUAUGUCCUAGUGAAAAGAGUAAUAUAUCAAUGGUGGGUGCAAGAGGGACUACAGGAUAUAUAGCUCCUGAAGUAUUUUGUAGGAAUUUUGGAGGGAUCCCUCACAAGUCAGAUGUCUAUAGCUAUGGAAUGGUGGUUUUAGAAAUGGUGGGAGGCCGAAAGAAUGUUGAUGUUAGUGUUGAUUUUUCAAGUGAAAUAUAUUUUCCACAUUGGAUUUACAAGCAUCUUGAACUAAAUGAAGAAUUAGGACUGCCAGGAUUUUUAAAUGAAGGAGAUGAAGAAAGUACAAGAAAGAUGAUAAUAAUGAGUUUGUGGUGCAUACAAACUAACCCCUCAAACCGACCAUCAAUGAGUAGAGUGGUGGAAAUGUUGGAAGGGAGUCUCAAUUCCUUGCAAAUCCCCCCUAAACCUUACUUGUUUUCUCCACCAAGAAGAUCACCGACAGAGUCUUCAACUAUAAUGCUCUACUCUUUUAUUACAGCUACUUCAUCUGUUGGAAUUGGAGUUCUGAUGAUUACAAUCUACUGCUUUUGGCGUAAGUUCUCAUUAAAUAAAAUAAUUAAUUUUUGGAAGAAGGAAACUCUAACUCAUCAGGAUGUCGAGGCCUUUCUAAGGAAUCAUGGACCUCUUGUUAUUAGAAGAUACAGUUAUGCAGAUAUAAAGACGAUGACUAAGUCCUUUAAUGAUAAAUUAGGCCAAGGGGGCUAUGGUAGUGUCUAUAAAGGGAAGUUACGAGACGGCUGUUUUGUGGCUGUGAAGGUUCUGAAAGAAUCAAAAGGUAAUGGAGAGGAAUUUGUUAAUGAGGUUGCCAGCAUUAGUAAGACCUCCCAUGUUAACAUUGUCACUCUUAAGGGAUUUUGCAUUGAGGGUUCUAAAAGAGCUCUUAUCUAUGAGCUUAUGCCUAAUGGAUCUCUUGAGAAGUUCAUAUAUAAAGGAAAUCCCUCAAAUUCUAAUCAUCAAUUGGGUUGGGAAACAUUAUACAAGAUUUCAAUAGGAAUUGCACGAGGUUUAGAGUACUUGCAUAGAGGUUGCAACACACAAAUCUUGCAUUUUGACAUUAAGCCUCACAACAUUCUUUUGGAUGAGAACUUCUGUCCAAAAAUUUCUGAUUUUGGCCUCGCAAAAAUAUGUCCUAGAGAAAAAAGUUUUAUAUCAAUGGUGAGUGCAAGAGGGACUAUAGGAUAUAUAGCUCCCGAAGUAUUUUGUAGGAAUUUUGGAGGGGUCUCUCACAAGGCAGAUGUCUAUAGCUAUGGAAUGACGGUUUUAGAAAUGGUGGGAGGUCGAAAGAAUUUUGAUGCUAGUGUUGAUUUCACUAGUGAAAUAUAUUUCCCACAUUGGAUUUACAAGCGUCUUGAACUAGGCAAAGAAUUAGGGUUAUUGGGCCUUCUAGAGGAAGUAGAUCAAGAAAGUGCAAGAAAGAUGAUAAUAGUGAGUUUGUGGUGCAUACAAUCUGACCCCUUGAACCGUCCAUCAAUGAGUAGAGUGGUGGAUAUGUUAGAAGGGAGUCUUGAACCCUUGAAAAUCCCCCCUAAACCUUUUUUGUGUUCCCCACCUAGUUCACCUACAGAUUCCUCAACUAUAAUGGUGUAAUUACAAUAUGUACUCUAGGGAAACAUUAAUUGAGGCUAG